AUGUCCACACGUCAGAAGUCAUUCUUCGACCAGGAUCCACGGGCCAAGCACGCCAGAGGCCAAUGGCACCGCCAACGCAACGCUCCACCCUCCCCCCACCAGCAUAGCGACAGGGCUCCUGUGGCGCGGCACGUCGUAACCGGCCCGCCUAUCAUGCCCUCGACCCAGACGCGCACGAAGCUAAAGGCAUUCCAGUUUGACGACACGCUGCCCCUCGACACUGCAAAGGAGCGCGAGGCCGAGAAGGAGAACCGGGCCGCUGCACCGGACAAGGCGUCGACGGCGAAGGAGACGCCUAAGACGUCAAAGGUCAUUAGAGACAUUGAAAACGCCUUCGAGACACCGCGACUGCCCCAGAACAAGACCUUUCCGCCACCCUCGACACCGGGCGCCAGACUGCCACUGGCCGAUCUGGUAGGCAACAUCGACGACACGUCCAGACACGCGGCGCAUGCAGUUCUAUCGCCUGAGGAGCAGCUGUAUUGGCGGGGGUCGCAGCCAGUCAACACACCUGUACUGCGCAAGAACAAGAAACGUGCCCGCAGCUCUUCCCCGGCUGGGCCGUCACAGGAAGAGCCAAGGCUGCAUGCGUUCAAGGCAGGCCUCACAACACCCCAGGCUGACCCUGCGACGGAGCUCUGGUCGCGGUACACGAGCAACAAAGGAACACCAACCGUGAACAAGACCGUGUCUUUUGCGCACCUCAUUAACGAAUCGUCGCCUCGAUCCGCUGCUGCUGCUGCUGGCAGUGUCAAUGGACUUCGGCGCUGGGCAAGCUGUGGCGUUGAAUUCCCUGCUUCGACGAGGAAGAAGCGCAGAACACACGGCGUCUUUCACGGUGAUCAACCAGACGAUGCCGAGGACGUGUUUGCCGCUGCUCCGAGUUCUGACAGCGUGAUGCAAGGGCACGCACCGACAUCGAACCUUGCCAGCAUUGUUCAGAGAAUGAAGGAGUCCAUCUCGAACUCGCAGGCACAGCUACCGUCCAGCUCUUCUCCGCCCCCCGACGCUGGGGAGGGACUGAUCGAGUUUCCCGAAUCUCCCCUCAAAAGACAUACACCGAGGGAAGCCGCUGAAGAAGACGCACCUGAAACCAUGCAAGCUGAGAACUACAAACUCGAAGCGGCAGACACUCUCGAUGAUCAAGAUUUUCCAGAAGAUGACGCUGGUCUGCAACGGGCUACGGAGCAACGGCAGUCUUCUGCGUCGUCUGAUGACUUUGGCGAGGUUGACUUCGAUACCGACAUGGCUGAUGCGGUCAAUGUCGGUACCCUCGAGACUGAGGUGUCGCCACGAUCACAGAGACAUGCUUCGAUACCAGCAGAGCCUGUAACACGGCCUGUAUCAUCACUCGUUGCAGCACCUCUGGUCUACGCCGAUAGCGAGGACGAGUUUGGAAUAGAGGACGACGAUGAUGUGUUUGCUGCAGACCUUGAGCAGGUGGCAUCUCUGUUCGAUGAUAGGCCGCUGGAAUCACCAGCACAGCUCAAUGAUCUGUCUGGGGAUCUGUCUGAGGUUCUGCCAGAGGUUGCACCCGCAGUCAGCGCUGCACCGGUUGUUGAUCUGGUUAAUGAUGACUCUGAUGAUUUUGGGGAUGAGAUAGACCCUGAUGAGUUUGCCGCUGCAGAAGUAGCAGCCACUCAAACGCCAGCGACGAAUAAUAGCCAACAGGAUACUCGGGCCAUUCAACGGUACCUCAUCAAGCAGGUGAUUGAAGGCUCGUACCCCGUCGAGAGAGGUCAACAAAGGCCUGAGAAGAUUUUGUUGGUCGACGAGGAAAAAACAAGAAUAUCAAAACAAAUAUCCCUACGACAAGCCUGGUACGACACACCAUGUACCGUAGGUGCCUACGUUCAUGUCAUUGGGUCGUUCUCAUCGAAUGGGCAAUGCGUCGUCGAUGAUCACCACAACAUGCUGGUUCUGCACCCAGAUCAUUUGAUCUCGGCUACUGUUGUUGCAGACUCCUAUGGCUGUUUGAGACGAGCAGUGCUGCAGGACCGGAUCAAGGCUACCAGUAGGGCAAACGCGCCGAUGCUAUAUGGAACACUUCUUCACGAGCUUUUCCAAGAAGCCUUGAAAGUGAAUCAAUGGGACACAGACUUCUUGCUGUCGACGAUUGACAGGCUCCUUCCAAGCAAGUUCGAGACUAUUCUUGAGAUCAACUCGACCUGCAAUGAGGUCAAGGAGCACAUGACCAGCAAGUUGCCGGAAAUGCAAGCCUGGGCCGAGAUCUUCAUUCGCGCCAAGCCUUGCGCCGAUGGCGUUGUGCAGCACCGCAACGGACCCCAGUCGACAAUGAGCAUCAACAAACUCCUCGAUGUUGAAGAGCAUGUGUGGUCGCCGAUGUAUGGAUUGAAGGGGAACAUCGACGCAACAGUACAAGUGACUAUGCGAGAUGAUCAAGGCGAGCGCACUCUGACCGUUCCUUUCGAAGUCAAGACAGGAAAGAACUCGUCAAACAGUGCACAUUCUGUUCAAACAGCCUUGUAUAAUUUGCUGCUCUCCAACCGAUACGAUGUUGAUAUUGCAUACGGAAUGUUGUACUACCUCGAAACAUCAGCCAUUAUCCGCAUUCCCGCUGUUCGAAAUGAUAUCAUCCAUAUGAUCAUCCAGCGCAACGAACUAGCAUGCUACGUGCGAGAUCGCAUCGAAUUGCCGCCAAUGCUCAAAGAAGACUUCAAGUGUGGCAAUUGCUAUGCUCAAGAGUCAUGUUUCCUCUACAACAAGCUAGUUGAGGACGGUGAGGGUGAGCGACUGAACAAGAAAGCGAAGCAGAAGUACGAUGACCUUGUUAAGUCGCUGAAACCCACAGACAGCGACUUCAUGAAGAAGUGGGACAUGUUGCUCACCAAAGAGGAGACAGACAUGAUGAAGUUCCGACGGGAACUAUGGACGAUGUUAAGCAUCGAGCGUGAGAAGCUAGGACGUUGUUUUUCAAAUGUCAUCCUAGAGCCCGGCUCAGGACAAGAAGAGAAGCUCGGGCAGAAGAUCAAUCGAUACAGCUACACUUUCGUCAAGCAACACUCCACGCCAGGGUUCUCCUUUACUGAGUCCCAGCUUACUGUUGGAGAACCUGUGGUAGUAUCGGAUGAGCAAGGUCACUUCGCACUGGCGAACGGUUACGUCACGAACGUCCGAAAGCGACGGAUUACGGUCGCCGUUGACAGACGCUUGCACAAUUCUCGUACAAAACUCCCCGGCUUCGACGCCCACAGCAACCAGACUUUCGCCGGCAUCAUGGAGGUCACUAAGGAGGGCGAGCCUGCAGCUGAAUACGAGGUCGACGAAGAACCGGUGCUGUAUCGAUUGGAUAAGGAUGAGUUCAGCAACGGUAUGGCGGCAGCGCGCAACAACCUCAUACAGAUCAUGGAUGACAACGUCUACAAAGCUCGAGAUCUUCGUGCCUUGAUUGUCGAUGGACGAAAACCUGUAUUCCAUCCGGUUCUGAGUGCUGUCGAGCUUCCGCAAUCGUCGCAGCUGUCGAUGAACUUGGACCAAAAAGCUGCCGUGGCCAAGGUCAUGUCUGCCAAGGACUAUGCUCUGGUUUUGGGUAUGCCUGGCACGGGCAAAACGACUACUAUUGCCCACAUCAUCCGGACUCUCGUCGCGAAGGGCAAGAGCGUUCUCCUUACUUCUUACACCCAUACCGCGGUCGACAAUAUCCUGCUCAAGAUUCGCGAUGACGAUAUCGGCAUCCUCCGCCUGGGAGCAACGGCAAAGAUCCACCCUGAAGUUCGUGGGUUUGCGACGCUGGUAGCGGAGCCCAAAGACAGUGUUGAGGAGCUCGAGAAGUCUUGGAUGGAACCGCCGGUCGUGGCUACCACAUGUCUCACGAUCAAUCAUCCGCUCUUCAGUCGCCGCAUCUUUGACUACUGCAUCGUUGACGAAGCCUCUCAGAUCACGCUGCCCGUCUGUCUGGGACCAAUCCGCAUGUCGCAAAAGUUUAUUCUUGUUGGCGAUCACUAUCAGCUGCCUCCAUUGGUCCAGAACAAAGAAGCUAUAGAGGGCGGUCUGGACGUUUCGCUCUUCAAGCUCCUGUGUGAGUCACAUCCGCAAGCUGUUGUCAGCCUGGAGCAUCAGUACCGUAUGUGCGCCGAGGUCAUGCUCCUGUCAAACACUUUUAUCUACUCCGGUCGUUUGAAGUGUGGCACACCAAGCGUCGCCUCUCGAAGACUCGCUCUGCCCAAACCAUCUGGUCUUGGUGCACAUCACCGGCAGGCACUCGCACCUCGCUCAGCCGCGGUCACUCAGUGUCCGGGCCCACAGUCCCCCGUCUGCUGGCUCUCUCGCUCUCUCUCGCCCGACCAGCCAGUAGUCUUCAUCAACACGGACCCGAUCUCUGCCUGUCUCGAAUCCCAAUCCGGCUCCCGCAUCAUCAACACCCUCGAGGCCCGUCUGAUCACCCAGCUCACCAUCUCGCUUCUCAGCCUUGGCGUGUCGGCGUCCGAGAUAGGCAUCAUAGCCUUUUACCGCUCGCAGCUCGCACUGCUGCGCACCAGCCUCUCAUCCACACACGCGCAAACCCAGUCCUCGGAGCGCGUCGCGCCUGUUGCUGCAGCCGCAGCACCUGCAGUGGAACUGCAUACAGCGGACAAGUUCCAGGGCCGUGACAAAGAAGUUAUCCUUGUGUCGUGCGUGCGCAGCAACGAAACAGGCACAGUCGGUGAUCUACUCAAGGACCGCCGCAGAGUCAACGUCGCGCUCACACGUGCGCGGAGCAAGCUCGUGAUUCUGGGUAGCGAGAAGACACUCUCUGGCAACGAGCUGCUGCGCGACAUGGUCGGGCUGUGUCGCGAAAAGGGCUGGGUUCUCGACCUACAGAGCGACAUGUUGGAUAGCCAUGCUUUCGACGAAGGACUCAGUCAGACGGGCAAAUCGCCGGUCAAAGCCAGUCAGCCACACAGCUCGAGGGCGAAUGCUGCAAUGACAAGCCCCGAUGCCAGUCCGAGCAAGAAGAGGAAGGCGCUGGGUGAUAUUACGAGUUCGACCCACGGUGCCAACGCAAGGAGCCUGAGGAAGAAGAGAUAUCCUGAGACCAAGGUCCCAGGCAAGGUGGUCAUGGCAGGCAAAAAGGGGGUCCUGGACGGACGAGCCGUGUUAAGGAACAUCUACGAGGAGCUUCUUUGA